AUGGCACGUACUGAUUCUGAUGUAGCAGAAUUGAAGCCAUGUUUAACAUCUGUUAUUGAUCAAGUGCAAGAUGCCAUUAAUAAACUGAAAAUUAAUGAUGAUAAAUCUAUCAAUAAUGAGUUUUCAAAAGCCAACGUUGUUCUAAAUAAUGCUUUUUCAUUAAACAAUGAUGAAAAUGAAUUAUUGGAUACGCUAACCACUGAAAUUGAAACUACAUUAAAUCAAUACCUUCCACAUUUAUCGCAAAUUUGUUUAAAUUAUUUAUUAAAUUUUUUCCAUCCAUAUCAUUAUGAUCAACAAACAAGAACAUUUUCCCAGUUGUUAACCAUCAAUGUUUUACAUCCAUUUUGUCGUGAGCUAAAAGGUCUUUUUGCAUCUGUUGAUGCAUUUCCAGCAGCAUUCAGUGGAAAAUUAUCUGUUGUUAAAGAAUUUAUUAAAACCUAUCCAACAUUUAAAGAUAAGCCAGGCCUGUGGGGUACAACAUUAUUAUAUUCAGCUGCACGUAAUAAUCAUUUAACAAUUGUACGAUAUUUAUUAUCGGACGCUCGAUGUUCGGUUAAUGCACAAAAUCAACAUGAUAUUACCUUUUCAUUAGCAACUGGUGAUUUUAUUCCAAAUGCAACAGCUGGUUCAACAGCUUUACAUGGUGCUAGUUAUAACGGACAUUUGGAAAUGGUUCAAUUACUCAUUCAGCAUGGUGCUGAUUAUUUUAGACUAAAUCAAGCAAUUGAAACUCCUAUCGAAAAUGGUGAGUUUCGUAGUAGUAUAAAAGAAUUUUUUAAAAAUUUUCUUAUACUUGGCUAUUCCUUGACACCCCUGCCAUCAUCGACAAAAUUGCCAAAUAAACCAAUAUCCGAAGAAAAACAACUCAUUCGUGAUUGUCAAUGGGAAUAUAAAUUAUUUCAAGACUCAGAAUGGUUUCAGUUUGCAAAUGAAGAAUCCAAUGAAUUACAACAAUCAUUACUGGAUUUUACCACAUCCGAUAUACAUUUAACUGUGCAACAAAAUAUUUAUAAUGUCUCGAUGGUUAAAUUUCUACAAUCAGGUAAAGAUUCGACUCCAGCAUGGAUAAGAUGUCGUGGUUCAAGUAUUCUUAAUUUUGGUAUUUAUUCACUAUGGCAGAUGAUGCUAAUUGAGCAUCCCAAACCAGUAAAUGCCAUAUCAUUUAAUCCAUCGUUAAAAAUAUUCAAUAUUCCUACCACAUUCGAUAGCACAUUUAAUAUUCAAUUGAACUCCUGGUACAACUGUGAUGUACAAACCAACGCUCUUCUGGAUCAACAAAUGAAUUUGAGACGAAAACAACAAACAGUUUCCAAUAUUGAGUAUAUUGGUCGUGAUUUAAUAUUUGACUUACAAACAUUUACAUUUUCAAAUAAUGAGAAAACGAUAUGGGGUUUUGUUCGAUGGUUACCAAAAUUGAUUUCAAGUACAGAACAAAAUAAAAAUAAAAUUGUACAUUUAGAUAAUUUUCAAGCGAAUAUCGGAAAUUUAAAUGCAAUACCAUUAACAACCAUACAUGUUGAACGUGUAGCAAAAUUAGCAACAAAUAAGAAAAAGAAACAUGUAGAUGUUGAUACCGUUACUUAUUCAGAUGAAGAUGGCGACGAUGAUGAGCAAGAUAUUGAAGAUGAAUUAUUGAUGGGAAUAAGUGGAAGUAAUGCGGAAGAUGAUGAUGAUGCAAACUCGAAGGUAAAUAUUAAGGAAUUUUGUGGAUUAGUUAGCAAAGGAGAAUGA